AUGGAGCACGCGGGAGAUGCUCCGCCCGAGGAUGAUGGUGGGGAUGCCGUCAUCCACUCGUCCGAUGAGGAGGAACCGCUCGACUUUCGCACCGCCGGGCAGCGCAAAACGCAGCCGUCUUCGGUCAAAAGCAAACGGCCGCCCUCGGCCAACCGAUCAUCCGCUCCCAAGUCGGCAGGCCAGCCUCCAGCUGGCUCAGCUUUGGCUCGGCUCCUGGCUUCGGCUGAAGCCUCUGUGACAAACCCCAAUGCUUUGCCCAAGGCCAUGCCCCCUGCCGCAGCAGACGCGGUCAUGGCUGCAGCGACUGUAGCAGUGCCACAACCACAGACACCUCGGCCCGCGAGCCAUGCCAAGGAUCGUCGCUUGGCCUCCAGAGGCAACUCGGUCGGACCCAAACCCAGCACGCCUAGCGUUACUGGACCUUCAACGCUGGCAACCCAGGCGCCCGCCGAUGGCGGGUUCCAGUGGGCUGGUAUGGAUCAGAUUCGUCGUCUACAGGAAGAGAAUCUACAGCUACUCCAGCAAUUGGAUGACCGAAACGAGCGCCUGGAAGAACUUGAGGCUCGACUCCAGGAAUCGAGUGCCGAUCAGGUCGAGGACGCCCUCCCCAAUAACAUGCGUGAGGCCGCAUCCAAGAUUCAGGCCCUUGGCAAGAAAAACCGCGAACUUCAAGCCAGUGCCAACGCCCACAAAGCCAAAGCCACCAAGCUCACCAAGAAGAUUGGCGAACUGGAAUAUGCCAUUCUGGGUUUGGAACGAGAGGUGGCCAAGGAGCGGCGCAAAGUCCAGCGGUUUCAAGCCCAGUCUGAUGGGGACGUGAGCAGUGUCACCCCCAGCUCCCCUCACCCCGACAGCUCGCAGUCAGACAAGAAGGAAUCGGAAAAGCUCAGCGAAUAUCGCUCCGAGAUUCAAACUCUAAAAAAGCACCUUCAAACCGCUCUCAACGCCCUGGAGAAAGAACUCGGCGAUAGUGUGCCAUUGACAGUCAUUUUGAACGGCGAGAGCAAUUGGAAAGGCCGUGCCGAACAAAUUGCCUUGCUCAAGGCCAAGGUUCUAACGGAGUACCAGGGAGACCGGAGUGGCCGGACCAGCAUGGCGUCACAACGAUCGACCAUGCGUGCCGGGGCCAACGAUGCUCGGCAACGAGAGGCCUUGCGAGAGUUGGAAGCAAAGCGCAAACAGGAACUGGAUGCCGCGCAGUCGCAAGCCGCCUCGCUGCAGGAGGACCACGAUCGCCUCAAGAUCAAACACAGCAAUUUGCGCACCCGAUACAAAACCGUUAGUGAGGAACUCAAAUCCCUGCGUGCUGCCGACGCAGACCACAGUGCCAAACAGCUCGAGUUACAGGAACAGAUUGUCGCUCUUGAACAAGAGAAGGAAGAACAAGCGACUCGUUUGCGCACGCUGGAACAGGAGCACAGCAAGCCGCGCGUUCAACACGUGCAGGGCGACAGCGCGGCAUCCGCUCAGCAGAUCAAGCACUACGGCCCACCUCAAGUCGUGGAAGCACUACUCCAUCAUUUCCAAUUGGUGCAGGAUGCGGAGGCACAGGCUCGUGUGGCUGAGAUUGAGCGCGAUCGCUUUCGAGAAUUGCAUGACGUGUACAAGCGGGAUCUUGAAGCCGUGCAACAGGCGCUGCUUGAUGCCCAACUUCAGCUUAAACAGCUGCGUCUGCGGGCUGCCCCCACCGAUGUCGGGAACAGCGAUGCCGAGGUCUUGGCCAAGCAAGUGGAGCUGGCGCGCGAGGAGUUGCACCUACAAAAAGCUGCCCAUCAACGGGAGCUGCAACGACGACAGGAUGAAGUAAACUUGCUUCAUACCACCAUGGGUGAAAUCAAGCGUGUUUUCGCCCAAGCUGUCAAAAAGCUGAAGACUUCAGCGGCAUGA